CGGAGCCCCCACCGUGUGGGGGAGAAGGCGGGGACGGUCAGGCCGCGCGGGCUCUUUAAGACCGUGUUCGUGCUAACGCCGACCGUGAGUAACCUGGUCCCAGGUCCCGGGAGAAACCUUGAGUUGGCUUGGUCUAAAUAGGAGGAUGAGAGUUCAGACCUCUAGGCGUGGAAUUUGGGGCUCCUGGAGAGGGCGGUGAGACUAAGCAAGGACGAGUUCCAAAGGGAGGAGAGUCCCCCACCUGGCUUCAGCGCCCACGCGGCUGGUCCUUCAUGAUCUCGAUGCAGAGGCCUCCAUGGCUGUGAUAAGCCUUCUGUUCUUGGCAGUGAUGUAUGUUGUGCACCACCCCUUGAUGGUCAGUGACCGGAUGGACCUGGACACACUAGCCAGAAGUCGGCAGCUGGAGAAGCGGAUGAGCGAGGAGAUGCGCCAGUUAGAGCUAGAGUUUGAAGAGAGGAAGCGAGCAGCUGAGGAGAAGCAGAAGGCAGAGAACUUCUGGAGAGGAGACACAUCCAGUGACCAGUUAGUGCUGGGGAAGAAAGACAGGGGGUGGCCGUUCCCGGCGGAUGGCCAGGAGGGGCCGCUGGGCUGGAUGCUGGGAAACCUGUGGAACGCUGGCCUCUUUUGCUUUUUUCUCAUCUUUGAGCUCCUACGACAGAACAUGCAGCACGAGCUGGCCUUUGAUUCCAGCAGCGAUGAGGAGGAGGAGGAGGUCCGUGGCGUGCCUGUCACCUCCUACAACUGGCUUACCGACUUCCCCCCGAGGGAGGUCCUGGAAUCCUUUCACAAACACAUCCAGAACGUCACCCGGGACCUGCCCUGCACCUGCGAGUUCGUGGAGAGCUUUGUGGACGACCUCAUCAAGGCCUGUCGGGUGCUCAGCCGCCGGGAGGCUCACCCACAGUUGGAGGACUGCCUGGGCAUCGGGGCUGCCUUCGAGAAAUGGGGAACCCUCCACGAGACCCAGAAAUUUGACAUCCUGGUGCCCAUUGUUCCCCCCCAGGGCACUAUGUUUGUGCUGGAGAUGAGCGAUCUGGCCCUAGGCCGCCGCUGUGGCUGCGUGCUGGUCGAGUCGGAAUGCGUGUGCAAGCGUGAGAAGCUUCUGGGGGACGUGUUGUGCCUGGUGCACCACCACAGGGACCACUCAGCCCUCCUGGGCAAGUGUAACAGCUCCAUCAAGGCGGCUCUCUGCACCGGCUCCUACCUGGAUGUGUGUAAGACCGUGCAGUGGUUCCGGAACAUGGUGGGCAAUGCCUGGGCCCUCGUGGCCCACAAGUAUGACUUCAAGCUCAGCCUGCCACCGUCCACCACCUCCUGCAAGCUCAGGCUGGACUACCGCUCAGGCCGCUUUCUCUCAAUCCGCCUGGUCCUGGGUGUGCAACGGGAAGACACCUUGGUCUACCUGGUGAGUCAGGCCCCUGACCAGGAACAGUUCACCAGCGUGGACUGGCCCGAGUCCUUUGCAGCCUGUGAGCACUUGUUCCUAAAGCUGGUCGGGCGUUUUGCUCCCGAGAACACCUGUCACCUCAAGUGCCUCCAGAUCAUUUUGAGUCUCCGGGACCUUCAGAGUUUACCCCAGGGAGCUUCCCGCCCCAUCCUCACCUCUUACCACUUCAAAACAGCCCUCAUGCACCUGUUGCUGCAGCUGCCCCUAACAGACUGGCAGCAUGGCAUGCUAUCCCAGCGGCUCCAGGACAUCCUCUGGUUCUUGGGCCGAGGCCUCCAGCGAAGGUCUCUCCAUCAUUUCCUCAUUGGUAACACCUUCCUGCCCCUGACCAUCCCGAUCCCUAAGACAUUUCGUAAUGCUGAGCCCGUCAAUCUCUUCCAACACCUGGUGCUAAACCCCAUGGCACAUUCACAGGCAGUGGAAGAGUUCCACAACCUUCUGACCCAGGUGAAAGCUCUGCCCUGUGCCUCGCUGGCUGGGGCACAUUAAUGUACAGGCCAUUAAAAAGGGGGAGAAGGUAUUUCUGAUUCUCAGGCUGCAAAAGAGUUUAUUUUUAAGACACAUCAGCAGUAUACGUGAUCUUCACCUUGCCAGUGGGGGCUAUGAUAGAUUAAGACACUUAGGAGUACGUGAAGUGGUCAUGAGGAGGGGUCCAGUCUGCAGGGCCUAAUCAAGGCUGGGUCUUUGAAGUUUUCUUCUCCUGACUUAACUUUCAUCAUGACCCAAAGAGGGCCCAGGGUAACAGAUGUUAUGGGAGGAUCUUGCUGCUAAAGAGUUGAGAUCCAGAAGAGGCCUGUGAAGUUGGGUUUUGUAGCAACACUGGAAGUCAGAGAACCAGAGAAUACUUCCAUUCCAGCUUAUUCCUUCUUUUGUGAACGACUCUGAGCACACCCCUUGUAAACUGGUUUCCUUAUUGAACUCAGCCCAACUCAUAUCCAAGCUGAUAGCACUCCAUUUUAUCCCAAAUACUGUGAUGGUAGCUUCUCGUAUUUUAGGAUCGAAUUUUUCAGACCUCCACUAUUUGAAGAUAUAACCAAGAUGUUUAUUUGCCAUUUUCUUAAUUUAGCCCGAGUUUCAUAUGAUA